AUGACUUCGAUAUUGAUAAAAAAUAGAAAAGGGGAAAUGGUGGAAGUACCGCCAAAGGACGAGGAGGAACUCAUGUUGGAAAAACUAGUAUUUGGAGACAUCGAAGGAUUGCAAAAUAGCUUGAAAAGGGUUGACAAUAUAUUUGAUUUCGAUGACGAUGAUGCAGAAGGGGGAGAGGAAGUGAUUGAAGAUGAAGAGGACAGCGACAGUGGAGAUGAUGAUUUGGUACAGGAUGAAGACUUGUUUUAUAUUGACGAUGGAGAAGAAAAGGAUGUCGAGGACGAUGGAGAUGAGGAUAUGGAAGAUGGAGAAACAUCGGGAGAGGGUGGAGACUCUGAAGAUGAAGGUGACCAUGACGAUUACGACGACGACGAAGACGACGACGAAAUGGCAUGGGUUGAUAGUGAUGAUGAGAAAUUAAACAUAUCAUUGAUAGCAUCGGACAGGCUAAAGAAAUUAAGAAGACACCCCGAUGAUGUAUGUAUAUCAGGUAAGGCAUAUACUACCAGACUACGCUCCCAAUUUGAAAAGAUCUACCCACGUCCUGAAUGGGUAAACAAAUUUGAACAGCAGUUGAAAGAGGCAGGUGACUCUGAUGAUGAAGAUAGAGAUGAUGACAAUGAUGUGGAUAUGGAUCAAGACGAUGAGAGUUUGAAAAAGCAAAUGACUCCUGCAACACUAUCGAAAUUUCUUUCGACGACGCACCAAUUCCUCGCUUCGAAACAGCUCAAGCUUAUAUCGCCAACAAGGAUCUCCAUCACGCGUUUGAAAGAUGCCAACUAUCAGAAAAUCUCCAAGUCGGCAAUACAAGCGUUAUCUUUCCAUCCAACACACUCUAUCUUGCUCACUGCAGGUUUUGAUAAAACCAUUCGUCUUUAUCAAAUUGAUGGCAAGACAAAUAAUUACAUGACUUCAUACUUUCUCAAAAACUGUCCGAUUAUGGCAUGUCAGUUUUCUCCACAACCCGAACAGAAUCUAGUUUAUGCUGCCGGUCGUAGAAAGUAUAUGAAUAAGAUUAAUUUGAAUACUGGUGAAGUGGAAAAAAUUAGUCGAAUGUAUGGACACGAGCAAGUGCAAAAGUCGUUUGAGUCGAUGAAAUUGAGUCCCGGUGGAAAAUUUAUUGGGAUGAUUGGUAACUCUGGAUGGUUCAAUCUCGUAAAUGGGACAACGGGACAAUGGAUUAAGGGAUUCAAGAUUGAGGGUACCGUUGUUGAUUUCGACUUUGCUCAAGACGAAUCGUUUGUUGUUGUUAUAAAUUCCGCCGGUGAAGUUUGGGAAUUCGAACUCACUGGUAAAUUAACAUCCAAGCUGGAAAACAAAGUCUUGCGCAAAUGGGCAGACGAUGGUGGUGUUGGAAUAACUAGAGUUAAAUUGGGGGGAAGAAAUUCUAGAUGGAUGGCUAUUGGGUCAAACAAUGGUAUUGUAAACUUGUACGACCGUUCCACAUUCAAAGAUACAGCAGAAUCCACUUUGAAUCCAAAGCCAUUCAAGACGGUUGAGAAUUUGGUCACGUCCAUAUCGUCACUAUUGUUCAACCCAGAUGGGCAGUUGCUAGCAAUUGCGUCGAGGGCCAAAAGAGAUGCAUUUAAAUUGGUUCACAUGCCCUCGGGUUCAGUAUACAGUAACUGGCCAACGAGUGGUACCCCCUUGGGAAAAGUCACUUCAAUUGUGUUUUCUCCAAAUAAUGAGAUGUUGGCCGUGGGCAAUGAAGCUGGUAAAGUAACGUUAUGGAGAUUAAACCACUAUUAG